AUGGCCGACUACAGUAUUAGAUGUUUCAUCCUCCAGGCAGAUGUUGCAGUCCUAACACCCCGUUGGUGUCGCCUCCGCCUCCGCACAGAGCGUCAAGAGUGCCUCGGACACGAUGAACUUCACCUGUUCAUCGACCCAAAGCUCAAGCAUGGCGUGGGUGAUGUAGCCAUCCCGGUAGGCCUCGCGUGCCAUGGCCACGAGUUCAAGAACCUUGGGCUCAGGAAGGAUGUCCUCCCACUGCUCGUCGGUGAGAUUGAGUUGCUGCAGCUGCAUGAAUGUCCUCAUCAAGCCACGAAGGACAUCAUGGACACCUUCCUAGUCGUCGGGGAUGCCCAUGACUUGAUUCGCCUUCAAGAUCUUGGUGGCGCUGCCUCUUUUGUAUAG